AUGGACGGUACUGUAGUANGUGCACGCUUCGGUGUGAGACCGGAGAUCGGUGGUACUCCCGCUACUGGCUAUGGGGAUAUUGCAUCGUCGUCAGACCGCGGCGGCGAAGACGAUGACAUGAUGAUUGACGACGGCGGUGAUUUUGGCGGAGAUGAUGCGGAUGGUAACAGCGGCGGGAUUGAUGUAGAAGUCGACGCUGGUGGAAGUGUUGGUGAAAGCCGCAUUGGCGCAGGAUCUGGCCUGGCGGGGGGCGACGACGAGGGUUUCGGCCAGGGAGGACCUGCCCACCAUCACGAGGAUGACAUGUCCUCCGCCGGCGACGGCUCACCAUCCCUGGAGGGUGUCGAGGUUGAGGGAAACGACCCUGGUUACGAGAGCUCUGAGUCUUGGGCCGGCGCACGAGAGGAUGUCGGGGCGGGGGUUGAUACCGAGGAUGACGAAGACAGGGGCUCAUUGGGCGACGAGCGCAGCGACGACGACGAUGAUGACGGAGCGGGACGUGGUGGAAAGGACCAUGCCGGCGUAGGACACAGCAUGGAUACCGCCGACCCCCAUAAACAGGCGAGUAUUUCGGAGCGUUCUUCUGGUGGCGGAUCGUCCUCGGGAGUUGAACACGGCCAGCCACCGCCUCGGGAUGACCCGAGAUGGAUGUCCAACAUUGCCGGCACCGUCGGUAACCGCCUUAACGCUACUGUGAUGGAAGGUGGGCAUACCAAAACCAAGCUACGCCAGUUAGGCACACGGACUCAGGAGUGGCGCCCGUUCAAAUCUCUGACAGAAAUUUUGCUGUUCGUGUUCGGCGUCAAGCAUCAACUAUCGGGGACGGGAAUGACGGAUUUGUUCGACAUCUUGACGUUCGUCGAUGGGCAGCCGGGCGACGGGGCCGGGGAGGGGAGAGGGUUCGACACCGCUGACGUCCCCGAGAACGGCCAAAAGUUCGUUUCUCGGAUGCGCGAGUUCCUCCCUCUCUUUGAAGUGUGGGUGCGCGAUGUCGUGGCCAAACCCGCCAAGAAAAAGAGUGGUGCUCGAACCACAGCGAAGGUGUAUGACAUCCCCAUUACACAGGUCCUCGAUCUCAUGCUGAAGUCGAGAUCUCACAUGGAGGAGAUAUUUGCCAACCCUGGCGGCGCGGUGGUGGGAAAAGAAGAGGGACAGAAGCUUGGGUUAGCAGGCGAGCAUCUUUUUCCACUCCCGACAUGUCCUGCCCGUAACGCUAGGCGCAACAACAUGCACGGCACCUUGGUGCAACGCAUGCCACAGCACAACUUCGAUGGUUUCCUCGCUCAGGCUCGCACAAAGGUGUACGAAGGAGAUGUCGUCAUGUGUGACUUGCGAGAUGAAGGCUCGCCGGACCCGCUUCAGACGCCCUGCCGAAUAACAGCGACGUUCUUCGUUGAAAAGAGUAGGCGACUGGUGGUCACCGUGCGACUUUUCCGGGAUGCUCAUGAAGUGCUCGGAGUGGCCCACGACGACCCUGCUUUUGUGCAGGAUGGGGUGGUUCGAGUUUGGGAACAGGUGGGAGAUGCAUCUGAGACCGAUCUUCGCGACAUCACGCAGGUGCUUGACCGGGUAGAAGUUUUCACCCGAGCGGAGUUGCGGGAUGGUGCACACCUUCGCCCGUGGAUAGGGGCGGGUACACGGCGGGAGGGAUGGACGUUUGCGGGAGAGGGCUUUGUCACGCGUCGUGGACACCGCUUCGUGAGAAGACGGGAUCCAUUCAAGGAGGGCGGAUGCGUCGAGCGGGCAGCGAAGAAGAGAAUUACGCAGACAUGA